AUGGAGAUUCUCCCAAGGUAUCAGGUAAGCUAAUCUGUUCACACACACACACACACCCUGUGGGAAAGCUAAGUCAGCCUCUGUUUAUGGACAGUAUGUCUAGUGGAAUUGUGUUUACCCAUGGUGUGCAGUGGGACUGAAGGGGUGUGGAGUGUGGAUAUCAGGUUGCUGCUGUGUAUACUGUGUUAAUAUAGAACAGCUGAGACACUGAUAGUUCCCAAGCAACUACACACACACACAAACACACACACAUACACAUACACAUACACACUAAACAUGCAGGUGAGACACACAGCAGGCUAUCAUAUACUAUAUGGUGCAUACACAAAUACAAGCUCUGUACAAACUAUCAGUAACAGUAUGAUGUAAUAUAGUAACAGGAUGAUGUAAUAUAGUAACAGGAUGAUGUAAUAAAGUAACAGUAUGAUGCAUAGUGCUGGCGAUUAACUGAAAUGUCAGUAAUGUUUUGGUUUUUAAACAACUAAUUGACCAACAUCGGUUCAAUUAUUUGAAUUCCAUUUCGUUAGUUUUUAUCUGUGAGCUCAAUGCGCACAUUGCACAGUUUCUCUAGAGAUAGAUCACAUCCAGCCGUAACUGUGCAAUGUAGUAGGGAGUUGUAGUCUCCAACAGGUCAAUAUUCUACAUAGUUUAGCACAUAAAACGUUGUAAUUAACUACGAUGACCAUAAUCCAUUGUGCAUCUACUUGUCUGGUCUGUGUUUCUUUUACGCCUGCUACAUUAGGUUAGUGUUGGGCAGAAUGCGCAAUCGUGAGGGGAUAUAGAGAGCAGCUGUUGCUUUGCAAGGUAUCUCUACCUGAAAAUGCAUGAUCUAAGUGAUUGAUAGUUGGCAUUCAGUGGCAGGUAGCCUAGUGGUUAAGAGCGUUGGACCAGUAACCAAAAAGUUGUUGGUUCGAAUGCCUGAGAUGACUAGGUGAAAAAUCAGUCCAUGUGCCCUUGAGCAAGGCACUUAACCCUAGUCACUGUGGGUAAGAGUGUCUGCUAAAUGACUAAACAUGUAAAUAAAAUUGUGCCUUAUUUAUUUUGAAGAACUACCAAAUAGUGAUUUGUCAGACAGCAUAGGCAGCAGCUCUAUAGAGAUGAGAGGAUGACUCGGAAUGAAAUAAUAAAGUCAUCAAAUAAAACAAAUGUAAUAUAUACAACAAAUGAAAUAUUUUAUUAAAGUAAAGUAAUGUGAAUAAAUUAUGGUUAAUAAGUGAUGAGCAAUAAUGGGCAGUCACUACCGUCAUGGGACUUUUAUUAAUUGUUUUCUUCUGUUGUUACAGCAUUCAAUCCAAAUAAUCGAAACCAAAAUCGAAAACUGUGAUUAUUUUUUAAUAAUCGAACCGAAAUCGAACCGACCUCAAAAAGCGCUAAUCGCUCAGCACUAAUGAUGUCAUAAAGUAACAGCAUGAUGUGCUGUUAUCUCCAUCUCCCUAGAGAGUGACACAGAGGGAUCAAAGAGCCCCACUAGGAAAUCUCUCAGCUUACAAUAACAAACAACGUUAGGCUUGCUUGCUUUAUUCCUUUUGUGCUUCUGUGCAAAGCGCCCCUGAACUAUGUGUUAUGUGUUUUUCAGCCAGGUCCCCCGUGAUACAGGUCAGUAUUCGACAUUCAUCCAUGUCUGAGGAUUUCGGGAGAUUACGUGGAAACCGGCCAGUAGGGGCAACAGUGAGCACUGUUACCUUCAAGUAGGUUUCACUUUAGCUAGGGCAUUGUGGACAGGAAUGGUGGAUGGGUGUAAGCAUGUACUUCUGAUUUCAAAGGUUGCAAGGUCAAAACCCAGUAAUAUAACGUUUUAAAAAUAUAUAUUUUUUUGUUUUAAGCCUAUACCAAACCUUAACCCUUACCGUAACCAUUUGGAGUUAAUGCAUAGCCUUAAGAAUUUGUAGUUAAGGUCUGAACUUAACCCUAACUUUAACUUCGGAAUGAAUGCCUAAACUUAACCUUAAACACUUCUAAAUCUGACUUUUGGAACAACUUCGAAAUUUGACGUUUGAGAAACAUGGAUGAACGUCUAAUUCUGACGUGAGACUGUGAGAGCUGGUAGAUGUUUUUAUCCUUAUUGCCUGCGUCCGUAACGGGUCCGCGGUCAAACGACCACCCCUCAUCACUGUCAAACGCUCCCUAAAACACUUCAGCGAGCAGGCCUUCCUAAUUGACCUGGCCCAGGUAUCCUGGAUGGAUAUAGAUCUCAUUCCGUCAGUAGAGGAUGCCUGGUUGUUCUUUAAAAGUAAUUUCCUCUCAAUCUUAAAUAAACAUGCCCCAUUCAAAAAAUACAGAACUAAGAACAGAUAUAGCCCCUGGUUCUCCUCAGACUUGACUGCCCUUGACCAGCACAAAAACAUCCUGUGGCGUACUGCAUUAGCAUCAAAUAGCCCCCGCGAUAUGCAACUUUUCAGGGAAGUUAGGAACCAAUAUACACAAGCAGUUAGGAAAGCAAAGGCUAACUUUUUCAAACAGAAAUUUGCAUCCUGUAGCACUAACUCCAAAAGGUUUUGGGACACUGUAAAGUCCAUGGAGAAUAAGAGCACUUCCUCCCAGCUGCCCACUGCACUGAGGCUAGGAAACACUAUCACCACCGAUAAAUCUACAAUAAUCGAGAAUUUCAACAAGCAUUUUGCUACGGCUGGCCAUGCUUUCCACCUGGCUACCACUACCCCGGCCACCAGCUCUGCACCCUCCGCUGCAACUUGUCCAUGCCCCCCCCGCUUCUCCUUCACACAAAUCCAGACAGCUGAUGUUCUGAAAGAGCUGCAAAAUCUGGACCCCUACAAAUCAUCUGGGCUAGACAAUCUGGACCCUUUCUUUCUAAAACUAGCCGCCGAAGUUGUCGGAACCCCUAUUACUAGCCUGUUCAACCUCUCUUUCGUAACGUCUGAGAUCCCCAGAGAUUGGAAAGCUGCCGCGGUCAUCCCCCUCUUCAAAGGGGGUGACACUCUAGAUCCAAACUGUUACAGACCCAUAUCCAUCCUGCCCUGCCUUUCGAAAGUAUUUAAAAGCCAAGUUAACAAACAGAUCACCGACCAUUUCGAAUCCCACCGUACCUUCUCCGCUAUGCAAUCCGGUUUCCGAGCUGGUCAUGGGUGCACUUCAGCCACGCUCAAGGUCCUAAACGAUAUUAUAACCGCGAUCGAUAAUAGACAGUACUGUGCAGCCGUCUUCAUCGACCUGGCCAAGGCUUUCGACUCUGUCAACCACCGCAUUCUUAUUGGCAGACUAAGUAGCCUUGGUUUCUCAAAUGACUGCCUCGCCUGGUUCACCAACUACUUCUCAGAUAGAGUUCAAUGUGUCAAAUCGGAGGGCCUGUUGUCUGGACCUAUGGCAGUCUCUAUGGGGGUGCCACAGGGUUCAAUUCUUGGGCCGACUCUUUUCUCCGUGUAUAUCAAUGAUGUCGCUCUUGCUGCUGGUGACUCUCAGAUCCACCUCUACGCAGACGACACCAUUUUGUAUACAUCUGGCCCUUCAUUGGACACUGUGUUAACAAACCUCCAAACGCGCUUCAAUGCCAUACAACACUCCUUCAGUAGCCUCCAACUGCUCUUAAACACUAGUAAAACUAAAUGCAUGCUCUUCAACCGAACGCUGCUUGCACCCGCCCACCCGACUAGAAUCACUACUCUCGACGGGUCGCACCUAGAGUAUGUGGACAACUACAAAUACCUAGGUGUCUGGUUAGACUUUAAACUCUCCUUCCAGACUCACAUUAAGAAUCUCCAAUCCAAAGUUAAAUCUAGAAUCGUUUUCCUAUUUCGCAACAAAGCCUCCUUCACUCAUGCUGCCAAACAUGCCCUCGUAAAACUGACUAUCCUACCGAUCCUUGACUUCGGCGAUGUCAUUUACAAAAUAGCCUCCAACACUCUACUCAGCAAAUUGGAUGUAGUCUAUCACAGUGCCAUCCGUUUUGUCUCCAAAGCCCCAUAUACUACCCACCACUGUGACCUGUACGCUCUUGUUGGCUGGUCCUCACUACAUAUUAGUCGCCAAACCCACUGGCUCCAGGUCAUCUAUAAAUCACUGCUAGGCAAAUCCCCGCCUUAUCUUAGCUCAUUGGUCACCAUAGCAACACCCACCCGUAGUAUGUGCUCCAGCAGGUAUAUCUCACUGGUCAUCCCCAAAGCCAACACCUCCUUUGGCCGCCAUUCCUUCCAGUUCUCUGCUGCCAAUGACUGGAACAAAUUGCAAAAAUCUCUGAAGCUGGAGACCCUUAUCUCCCUCACUAACUUUAAGCAUCAGUUGUCAGAGCACCUUACCGAUCACUGCACCUGUACACAGCCCAUCUGAAAUUAGCCCGCCCAACUACCUCAUCCCUAUAUUGUUAUUUAUUUUGCUCAUUUGUACCCCAGUAUCUCUAUUUGCAUAUCAUCUCUUGCACAUCUAUCAUUCCAGUGUUAAUACUAAUUGUAAUUAUUUUGCACUAUAGCCUAUUUAUUGCCUUACCUCCAUAACUUGCUACAUUUGCACACACUGUAUAUAUAUUUUCUGUUGUAUUUUUGACUUUAUGUUUUGUUUUACCCCAUAUGUAACUCUGUGUUGUUGUUUUUAUCGCACUGCUUUGCUUUAUCUUGGCCAGGUCGCAGUUGUAAAUGAGAACUUGUUCUCAACUGGCUUACCUGGUUAAAUAAAUAAAAAUCCAGUUACUCUCAAAGAGGGGUAAUGGGGGAUAAAAGUAUCUGUUUACAGAUGUAGGAUCUUCAUUUGAGCCAGUUUGCUACAGCAGAAAAAUAAUCCUGCAGCAACAGGAAAUGUGAAUUAUUAUGUGGAUCAUAAUGAAUGGACAUUUUUUGUAAGGGUUGAUAAAUUUUGCGUUAGGGCAAAUCAAGUCUGAAAUUUUAACGUGGAAAUUACAAACUUUAGAAGCCUUUUUAAACCUAGAAUACGCUACAAGUUUGCAUUUCCUGUUGUGCAGGAAAACUCUCAGUAACUAAAGAGUGAUCAAGUUAAGAUCCUACAUCUGUAUUACCAUCUCAGAGGAGAGGAGAUAAAAGUGGAAAGUAGAUAGAAGCAGAGAAAAGCCCAUAGUUGGCUUCCUGUGUCCUCAGUGGCAGCACUGUGCUAAUUAGGCUGUGUGCCUCUAUGGGUGAUGUGCUAAAUAUCCCUGUGUGUGUGUGUGUGUGUGUGUGGAUGGCAGUGCUUGUGUAGCAGUGUGUUUCUAUGGGCAAUGUGCUAAAUAUCCCUGUUACAUGCUAAUGAGCAGCCAGCUAAGCUCAGUUCCACUCACACUCAGCCAGGCCACUGGCUACAGACUGGUUGGAAAAUAAAUACACUGUCUAUGGUAGCUAUGUGUUUUUGUUUAUAGAGUAAUAAUGCUCUCCAUUUAUAUAGUGAUUUUACAAGUGCUCAAAUCGCUUUACAGUGUAUAGGGGUACUAACCUGGUCCACUACCAAGACGUUGCACCAUCCUACAAUCAGAGUGCUCAGUACUUUGUUUAUUUCCAAUCAGAAGGGUCACUCGCUGCUAUAACUGUGCUAAAGUAUUAAGUGUGAUAUUACAUUACAGUAGGCUAUGCUGCCAAGCCAAUUAAACUGUACAGAUGCCAGUGGAGUAAUAAAACAUUGGAGGCCCUGGCCGUUAUAUCAGCCAGAUCUCAGAGAAGUCAACAGAGUUUGGCCUCACAUCAUCUCUGUCUCUGCUGUAUUGGAGUCAGAUGACAACUGUGGAUCCCAUGGAAGUGACGCAUAAGGACACAUCCUAUUUUCACGACCCCCCCACCUACUAUCUCCACAUCCCACCAUGGGGCGGUGGCUUGGGGUUGUGAGUGAGUGUGUGUGUGUGUGUGUAAUGAACUUUAACUUGGGGGAGGCAACGUUUCAGUCUCACUGCUUACCCCCUCCCUCUAUGAUUUUCUUGUGCAUGAGGGGGGUGUCCAGUUGCUGGUAGAUAUUUCUGUGCUGGAAACCCCCCCCCCCCCCCCCCCCCCCUCCACACCCCAGACCACUCCUGUGACAGUCGGGAGAGUGUGGGCAGCAGGCACCUUCAAUCAGCCCCCCAAAAUAGCACAAGCGGAGGGAUCCACGCCCCUGUGAGUUCCCUGACUAUCUCCUCCUACCCAGUCCAGCCCAUUCCUGUUCUCAGCAGCCCACAAAGAGACAAACAGAGAAGAGAGGAGCCAGGAUAAGACAAAUACACAGCAAAGUGACAUUCCACCUUGGAGAAAGAAUCUCAGCUUGGAAUAUAUUGGGACACUGGGAAUAUACACACAUAGCUAUAGAAGUGUGUCAGUGGACCCAGCAUAGACAGACACACUCCGACUGCGGGAAAAUAGUGUGUUUGAUUUCACAUAGGAACACACACGCACAUACAGGGCUAGUUGAUUGGGCCAAGGGUCUCCAUACAGUGGCAUUGUGUGUCUGGCCUGUCCUGCACCAUGAAGCUGAGUGUGGCUCUGUUCUUCGCGGGGCUGUUCGGGGCUCUGGCAGCCGUGUUUGUCCUCCUCUCCUUCGGGACAGAUUACUGGCUCCUGGCCUCGGAGACAUGUGACGAAGAAACUAACAGAACCAUAGGACCUGGGGGCGUUGCCAUAGAGGUAAGGAACAUGGAGAUUCCUGAUUACCGUCAUGAGAUGUUUUGUUGUUUAUGCUUCAAAUAUUGUAGUCCAAUAUUUACCUAGUAUAUACUAUAGUCCACUAAUUAUUACCUGUGUAGUAAUCAUGUAAUAAUGAUGAAGUAAUAACUUUGGUGUUAUUGGGAUUCAUUGAAACAACCAGCACUACAGCAGGUGGAAACAGCAGGUGUAAGCAAGGAAAGGUUUGGUGUGGCCUCUCUGGAAUGUUCCUUUUCUUGGUCCUCUUUUCUCUUCAUAUCAGUGGUCAUAAAAUACAAAGGAGACAAAAAAGGUAGCCAUUGGUGUAAGAUUGGGGGUAACAUUGGGUAAGACUAUUCUCUUGUUUCUAUUUGCUGAAUUAAGGGUUAGGGGUUGGAGGUUAGGGUGGGUUUGGGUGGUCUGGGAGGAUCAGCUGGUCAAGGACUAAUGUGAAACCAUGGAAGUCAAGGAAAGUUGUUCCUUUUCUGGUUGGAGUCUCCUUACAGGAAGUGGUGUCGGGGUCAAGGUCAAACCUGAUUCCACUAGUCAAAGCCUUGCUGAUUAGAUAAUUAGGUGCAUCAGCUGUGUUGGUGCUGGGCUAGAGCAAACAUUUAUACCCCUGUGUGUCCCCAGGAACAUAAUGAAGAAACCUUGCUUUGGAUCAUAGUAUGAUCAGUGUGGUGUCACGUUGCUUCGAGAGCUAUCAGUACCAUGUUUAUGACUUUAAUAGAGUCCAUCCUCCAUUACAUUGGCUAUUGUAGAUUAAGGUCCUCACCUUAGUGCACAGCCUAAGGUGGAUCUCAUGAAAAACCCUCCAAACUUGGGCAAUUUACUUGUUCUAUUUUGGUGGUAUUUUCUCCUGGGUGCAUGGUCCAAUUACUCUUUCAAUAAGACUUGAACUGUGAACUGUGUAGGCCUACAGUACAGGGUUGCAUCUUUGGGGGGGUUGUUGCCGCCUAAAGGCCAUUUGCUGUAUUUCUACGCAAUUUAACAUGACCCAUGGGCUUGUAACCAGUUAUUCUUAGAACAGCAACAAUAAGCAAAAAUGGCCGCAGUCAUCAAGCUAGGUAAGAGAUCAUUAUUAAAUGUUUUUAUUUACAAAGACUUGAUAUUUUAUGGUCUUUAUCAAAUGCCAUCAAACGUUAUUAGUCAGACAAUAUUUCAAGUUUAUAUGAAUAUAUAGUUAAAGGAUAUCUUAACUUUUUCAGACCCUGUCUUGUCAUUUACCCAGUAAGUAAUCUAUGGGGCCAGGAGACACAGUCAUCUAUGGUUCACUUGCGUGAACUUUAAACAAUGGUGAUAGGGGCAAGCUCACCAUAUUCAAAAGUUGAGGCCAAAUCACCUCUAAGUAACUUCAAAUCUAGUCUUUGAGUUGAUUUGGUCAUGGAAUUAUGAACAUGGUGAGCUUACCCCUAUCCAUAGUGUUUUGGUUGUUAGCUCAAGUUAGAAGUAUCUUUUGAAACAAAACAAAACUGUGGAUGACAGUCUCUCCUGGCACCAUAGACUUCUUUCAGGGUAAAUGGAAAAAAGUCUAAGAACAGGAAUGCUCAGAACCGGAGCUACACAGUUCUUUAUCUGAAGGAGGAGUUAUUGGUUGAUUCAUGUGAUGACAUUGAUCAAACAAGCACCUUCAAUUAGGGCUUUGAUAACCACUUGAUAGGGAUGGUGAGAGCCAGAGGCAUAUGUGGCAGACGUUUACAAUGCUGAAGUAGCCUAUAGUAAAUUCCUCUGAAAAGCAUUUCCUGGAUUACAUUACUGCCCUAUUAAGACAUAUUUGUUUUAAGAUAGUGAUAAUAUGGACCAUCACACUAUUUUAUUCUCUAUUUUAGGACAAUUGGGGGUAUCCGAAACAAAUGUGUAAAAAUUAUUUGAUUAACAUUUUUUUUAUCUGGCCUUAGAAAUAACAAUAAGAUAUGUCAAAUCAGGUAAUGCCAAAUUUCAGUCUGAAUGAGAAUGCUUGAAUGAUUUAAAUGGAUCAGGAAGGUAUUGACAAGUUCAGGAAAGCAGAAGGAAUAUCACCAGAAUCAUUGUGUAUUUCAUCAUUCUUAGAACAGAAGAUCAAUUCAUUUCCCCCAGUCAUUAUGUGUGGUUUUGUCACAGUCCCUUCUAAUGAGUCCUGCGUGGCUUGUGGGCAUUGUAGAGGGAAGAAGAAGGCACAUAUAUGUUCCUGAGAGUCUUACCUUUCAGGAAUGGGUCAUAAUAGCUAAUAGCCCAAACCGUUCAAACACUAGAGCCAAAUUCAUAGGAAGAAAACUAACAUUCAUCAUUGGCUUUAGAAAACCGUUGGUUGCCGAACCACCGCUCACGCCUCGAUCACGCCGACAGCAUCAUUGCCUUUUGGUAGACCAGAAGUACAUUAUUUUCCAUUGGAACGCAAUGUUUGCCUUGCAGCAUUGUGUUGCAGAGGCAGUUGCAGUGCGUUCUGUGUGGUGCAUAUGUUUGAUUUAUCCAAUGUGUGCAUCAAAUUGUAUGUUUAGAGUUGGCAGAAAUAGUAGCAAAAGGUGCAUGUUGAACUUCUGUUGCUCACAUAUCCAGUAACAAUUUUUGAUUGCAUAAUGAAAAGGUUUGACUGCAGAAUUUAUUAUGCAGCAUUAAUGCAAUGACGCUGUCAGUCUGUUCAAGGUGUCAGAGGUGCCCGCAUGGUCCUAAAGCACACAGUCGCCGUUUUUUGUAUCACAAGUGAAAUUAGAAGACUGGGGGGGGGGACAAAAAUGCAAUUUCAGAAUGUGUGGGGGACUUGUCCGCCCCGUCCCUAGUGAAAGUUGCACCCCUGCUACAGUAUACAUGCCUCCCUAGGGGCUGCUAGCUAAUGCAGUUGCUCUGCAACCAUCCAGCAAUUGAGACAUGUUGGAUUCCUGAGUGAUAGAAAUACAAAUGUCAGUAUUUACAACAACCCAGUGAUAUGGAGUUGAAUAUCAAAUAUCACCCACUAUAGAAGAUCCAGGUCGUCACGAUGAGCAAUGAGAAUGGAAUGUCUGCAUGAUAUCAACACUAUCAAACCACACACUGUAUGUACCCAUGUUGUAGUAGUGUUAAAGACUAUUACACAUAUACAUAUAAUCAGUGUUAUGUCCGCGAGAGAGGGCAGUGGGCACUGUGAGAAGCAGAGGGAAGCAAAAGAGACAUUGGGAAUAGGAGAGAAAGGGGGAAUGAAAGCAGCUGUUCUAGCUAGAAAGGACUCUCGGUUCUGACUCAACACACUUCACACAACCCCACAGGAAGCUAAAGGUGCUCCCUCAGCAUGACCCUUGACCUUACAGUCAGCAAUUGUAGCACUAGCACCAUAUACUAUGACAACAUUUACGUGAACCAGCUGGCGAGGCACGACAUGAUACAUGUCUGGCUAAUGCUAGAAAAGAAAAUACUAGGCAAAAUGUGAAGAAGAUAGAAAAACGUGUUAUUUUAUGACGUGCUAUUAUGUAAUUGUUAUGGUUGUAAUAUGAAGGACUUAUGAUGGAGUGUUCUACUAAUGUGUUACUAUUAUUAUCUUUCCUCAGCGUGGUGACAUGAUUCUGGUGGAACCCGGUAUGGGGUUCCCCCCAGACGCCACCUUCUACCACGAGGGCUUCUUCUGGAAGUGCUCCUUCGGCGGAAACCUGGACGAUGGCACCCUCUUGAAGUUCUGGAUCAGUACGUCAGAAAACAUAUACUGCAAAUUCUCCAGUGUUAACUCAACACUAACAGUGUUAAAUUUAACACUGGGCAAGUGUCUAUAUGGGUCCACACUUCUACAAUAUUAAAUUAACACUGUGCUUAGUGCUGACGCUGUUACACGUUAACAGUGUUAGUGAAUUUACACUUUCAGUGUUAUGCAAUAACACCUCAUAUAUUAUUUUUAAAACUAAGAAGUGUAUAUAGUUUACACCCAUUGUGUAAAGCAAUAACACCUCAUAUAGUAUUUUUAACCAUUACACCAAGAGGUCUAUAUCUCUUGACGAGGUCACUCAGUGUUAGGUCAAAGACAUUACAAUAAUAUUUACACGUUUUUAUUGCCACAUGCUCUUAUGUAACCAUUUCUAAAGACUUCAUAACUCAAAACAGACACGCUCAAACUUUAAUUAAUGUAACCAUAGACCACUAAACGGAUACAACACUUCCACUUACGGUUGGCCAGAAAUAACUAAUUGAAAGCCAAUUCCCCACUAAGCCAUGUCUCCAAUAUAAUUUCCCAGUGUGCCUCGCUUUUUCAAGUGAAUUGUAGAGUUACCACCCAUGACUGUAUUUGUUAGUGACAGAGACAUGGUUGUUGAAUUCAUUGAUAUUCAGUCCUUUGGACUUCACUGAGUGAGUUUCGACUGUAGGUGAAUGUUAUCAUUAAUUUAACUGUUUAUGAAAAUUCAUUACAUAUAUCACAAGGCCUUACUUUGAUUAUCAAGUUUUAGCCUAUCACUGUGAUGUUAGGUACCUUGUGGUUUACAGGCCUCAUCCGGCCUGCAAGUCAAAUUAUGCUGGCAUGUAAUUCCUAUUUGAAUUCAGCCAGAGUCAGGGCAUUCAUUCACCCACACCCGCAACCUAACUGUCAGGGUUAGGAACAUUGUGAAAGGAGCCUACCUAAACCAUUUAAACUGGAACAACCAUUUUCGUAAUGGGUGCAAUAAAUGUAACUAACUGAUUGGAUUAGUUUAAAAACAUUUAUGUUAUUUAUCUUUGUGUAGCAUAAGAUUAAUCAAUCAAUCAAUGUACACAAACACGGAUAUUAAAACAAUCCUAAAAAAUCUAGCUGAAGUAGAGCAUGCUGGGAAAUAUGAUAAUGAUGGGCGUUGUUUUGAUGGGAACGUUUUACUCUCCACAGAGUAAAAACUGACACAAUCACACACUCAUAUUCAACAAUGGUUAUUCACUCUUAGAGUUAAUUUAACUCCUGAAUCAACACUAGAAAUGUUACACAGAAAAAUCAACACUAGGUAACACUGUCCAAUUUCCUGUGUACUUGUAUAAAGUAUAACACUGGGGUUUUGGACAUGCACAAUAUGCUGUUUUGUAUACUCUGACAAAGUGUGUAACAGCCCCAAUACUAUUUAGUAGGCAUGUACAACGCAUGUGUUUAUAUGCAUGUUUGGAUAUUGGGAAACACAUAUGACUGAAACUUUAGACCCUACCUCUCCACUCUCACUCUCUUUCACUGUAUCCUAUUACUAUUUUCAUCUACAUUUGGGCCAGUACAGGGACAGUAUAGAACAAUGCAAACAGUUCAUGAAAGUCCUUAAGGUAAAUCACUUGUUUAUCGAAUGUGACUUCUUGAUGCUUUGACGUAGUAUGAGACCCUUAUCACGAGAUGUUAUGUCAUGUGACUCUAGGGAAAGGCUGUAUCAUGUGAUGUUAUUCAAGUCCGUUUUCAUCUGAUGAGAUGUGUUGACAAUCUCUAAUAGGGAACAUCCAGGGAGGGUCAUUGUCACAAACACCCUAAAGCUCAGGGAACGACCUGGCGAGGGUCUGCUGAAUUCCACAAGGCAGAGGAGAGAGGGGGAGAGGAGGAAGAGACUUAGGUUAAAAAGAGAAUAUCAAGAGUACAAAUUAGAUUACAUUUAAUUCAAUUAUCAAAUUUAAUGCAUUCGAUAAAACUUGAAGACUAUGCCAGUUUAGUCUCUGUAUAGAUCCUGCUAGUAUAUGCUGUCUUUUUAAUAUAAGGGCCCUUGAUGAGGGGAGGAUAUUUGCUAAUGCCAGUGCCAUGACCUAUUGCUUUUUUUUAUUAGUUCUAUAAUGUGAUAUGAUUUAAUGUAUCUAACAAUGGGCCUGUUUGUCUCUCACUAGCCAAUCAGCCCCACUCUAAAGUCUGCACACACGCCUACCUCUUCCCCUUUCCUGUGUCUCAACAGACUCACAACGUCACCGCAUAUGACUCCGCAAUCAGUAAGUGCUUUUCUCUCUGUGUGUGUGUGUGUGUGUGUGUGUGCGUGCGUGUGUGUGUAUGUGUAUAUUUUACAUGCCAUUGCCAUGUAGCCUACUUUGAGAUUGUGAGUGUUCACAUGUGCUUGUGUAUGGGUAUUCAAGUUAAAGUAUAAUUCUGUUGCUCACUGGUUGCCAUGGUUCUAACAAUGAUUGACAUUCCUAUUGUCCAGUCUACAGAGGCUUCUGGAGUAUCUUCAUGCUAAUUGGGGUGGCUGCCGUCGUGUUAGGCGGGUUCUUCAUCAUCUGCGCCGCCCCAUUCGCCAGUCACCGUCUAUAUAAGGCUGGGGGCGGGCUCUUCCUGACAUCUGGUGAGUUAUUGGCCUAUAUCAUCUUAAUUUUUAGGAUACAACAUUUAAGAUAGAGCAUAACAGUUUAUCUCUGUUGAAGGAAUGUAGUGAAUACCAUCACUAAUACAAAUACCUGCUGCAGCCAAUCUGAUACAGUCUACCUCUCUCUCCCUCACUGUUUUUCUCUGUUUCUCUAUCUCCUUUCUCUCUGCCAUCGUCUUUCUCCUUCCAUCUCUCUUUCUCUCUCUCUCAUCCCUUCACCCCUUCACCCCACCUAUCCCUCCCUCCCUCCCUCCCUCCUCCCCACAGCUCUGUUCCUGCUGGGUGUGGUGGUGAUGUAUGUGCUGUGGGUGGAGGUGAUGGAUGUGGUGCAGGUCUACGUGGACCACCAGCGCUCCUCUGUGUGUCCCACCUUCAACCUCACCAUCCACUACGGCCUGUCCUUCUUCUUCGCCCCCAUUGGCAUCUCCUUCUGCCUGUUGGCCGGUCUCCUUUUCCUCCUCAUUGGCCAGUCCGUACAGAUGCAGUACCACUGAUUGGUGUCGCUGUGGCGAGAGUGUGACGACGCCCAUGGUAGAGGGCGAGGCGCUGAGGCUUCUGGAAUGCUGUAACGGUUGGGGCCAUAUCAAUUUCAAUUUGUUUAAUUUAAGAAGUAAAAUGAAAUUCCAAUUCAAACAUUUUAUCAUAGAGAAGCGUUGAGGUAAAUUGGAAUUGGAAUUUC